AGAUUUUUCUACGCAUACGCAUCUAAGAAAUUUUCGCCAUUUAAGUCCGAAAUUUCGCACAAUUAAUCAUUAACAGACACCUUCUUUAGCAGUCCCAAUUCGAUUUAUGUACAAGUCCUGCAUAUGAAUGGAGCUCCAAGAAGUCCUGCAUAUGAAUGGAGGCGAAGGCGAUGCAAGCUACGCCAAGAAUUCAUCCUUCAAUCAACUGGUUCUCGCCAAGGUGAAACCUGUCCUUGAACAAUGCGUAGGGGAAUUGUUGCGGGCCAACUUGCCCAACAUCAACAAGUGCAUUAAAGUUGCGGAUUUGGGAUGCGCUUCCGGACCAAACACACUUUUAACAGUUCGGGACAUUGUACAAAGUAUUGACAAAGUUAGGCAAGAAAUGAAGAAUGAAUUAGAACGUCCCACCAUUCAGGUUUUUCUGACUGAUCUUUUCCAAAAUGAUUUCAAUUCGGUUUUCAUGUUGCUGCCAAGUUUCUACCGCAAACUUGAGAAAGAAAAUGGACGCAAGAUAGGAUCGUGCCUAAUAGCCGCAAUGCCUGGCUCUUUCCACGGCAGACUCUUCCCCGAGGAGUCAAUGCAUUUUUUACACUCUUCUUACAGUCUUCAAUUUUUAUCCCAGGUUCCCAGCGGUUUGGUGACUGAAUUGGGGAUCACUGCGAACAAAAGGAGCAUUUACUCUUCCAAAGCAAGUCCUCCGCCCGUCCAGAAGGCAUAUUUGGAUCAAUUUACGAAAGAUUUUACCACAUUUUUAAGGAUUCGUUCGGAAGAGUUGCUUUCACGCGGCCGAAUGCUCCUUACUUGCAUUUGUAAAGGAGAUGAAUUCGACGGCCCGAAUACCAUGGACUUACUUGAGAUGGCAAUAAACGACUUGGUUGUUGAGGGACAUCUGGAGGAAGAAAAAUUGGACAGUUUCAAUGUUCCAAUCUAUGCAGCUUCAGUAGAAGAAUUAAAGUGCAUAGUUGAGGAGGAAGGUUCUUUUGAAAUUUUGUACUUGGAGACUUUUAAGCUCCGUUAUGAUGCUGGCUUCUCUAUUGAUGAUGAUUGCCAAGUAAGAUCCCAUUCCCCAGAAUACAGCGAUGAACAUGCUAGAGCAGCGCAUGUGGCAUCAUUACUUAGAUCAGUUUACGAACCCAUCCUCGCAAAUCAUUUUGGAGAAGCUAUUAUACCUGACAUAUUCCACAGGUUUGCGACGAAUGCAGCAAAGGUUAUCCGCUUGGGCAAAGGCUUCUAUAAUAAUCUUAUCAUUUCUCUUGCCAAAAAACCAGAGAAGUCAGACAUAUAAAAGCUUGUUUAUAGUUGGUUUUUGUGCUAUGGUUUGUUUUCUGAUACGGGGAAAGGAUUUAGUGCGGUUGGGGUUCUAUCCGAGUAUUGUACUUUUAAUAUUAGUUGGUGUAUAAUUAUGUUACAUUGUUAUAUUCGUAAUAAAAGUGAUGUGUAAAAAUAAAAUAUUUAAUAUA